AUGAUACAUCUAAAGCAAAAGGCAUAUGAAGCAAUAGACACUUUUACCAGAGACUUGGAGACAAUCAGCAAGAACAUCUGGGAAAAUCCUGAGCAAAGCUAUGAAGAAUUCAAGGCACAUGCAAAUAUCACAGACUUUCUGGAGAAACAUGGAUUCGAAGUUGAAAGAAAAUACGUAACAGAAACGGGUUUUAGAUCGGUAUUUGGCGACAGUACAGACGGUCCGCAUAUCGUAGUUAUAUGCGAGUACGACGCCCUACCUGUAAUUGGACAUGCUUGUGGACAUAACUUAAUCGCAGAGGUUGGCUUAGCAGCUGGUAUAGGUAUCAGAGCCGCCCUAAAUAGCAGCGAGAAACCGCUGGGCAAGCUCACGGUUCUCGGAACCCCUGCAGAGGAAGGCGAUGGUGGUAAAAUUGACAUGAUAGAGUCAGGAGUGUUCAAGGACGUUGACAUUGCACUGAUGGCACAUCCGGCUCCAUUCAACCAGGAUGCGUUUCAUGCUCUGGCGUUUAACCAAGUUACUGUCAAAUACCAUGGACACGCCGCUCAUGCUAGUGCAUUCCCCUGGAACGGAGUUAACGCCCUUGAUGCUGCUGUGUUAUGUUAUCAGAAUGUAUCUUGUCAUAGACAACAGUUUAAAUCAACAUGGAGAGUUCAUGGUGUCAUCAAGAACGGUGGAGCAAAACCAAAUAUUAUACCUGAUCUAACAGAAUUCGAGUUUUAUGCACGAGCCCCGAGUAAAGCUGAGCUGAGUGUGCUGAUGGAAAAACUAGACCUAUGCUUUAAAAGCGCUGCUACAGCUACAGGAUGCUCCGUUGAGUACUUAGCUGAGAUUUGUUGGUCAAAAAGACCUUGUUACGAUAUGAAAAACAACAAAAGUAUUAGUGACGUGUAUCACAGAAAUGCUAAAAACCUGGGUGUCGACUUUGUCAAACAUGGAGUCGCCCAUUACGCUGGCAAUAUUCCUACCGUAUCUACCGACAUGGGAAACGUGUCGUACGAAGUACCAAGCAUACAUCCUAUGUUUUAUAUUGGUACUGAUGCGGUCAACCACACAAAAGGUUUCACGGUUGCUUCAGGUUCACCAGAAGCACAGUCGUAUACGAUUGCUGUCUCCAAGGCCAUUGCAGCCACUGCUAUUGAAGUCCUUCAAGAUCCAAAGUUACUUGCUCAAAUAAAGGAGGAAUUUCGAAGAGUCAGAUCUUGAAGUCAACAUUUUAUAUAAUAUUUAUAUUAUACAAAUCGGCACUUUUUCUUCGCGGAACUCUUGUAUUUGUACUGAGCAGUAAUCUUCAAAAUGCGAGGGUUGAUCUAGAAGUAAUGUCACUGCGUCCAUCGUGCAUUUUUAUCUUUAUUAUAUCAUAGAAAUUAUACCAUGUUGUACGCUUUAAAAGAUGAAAUAUUAUUUCAUAGUGUUGUUCCGUUUUAGAUAUAUCAAUUUUUCAAAUUUUACCAUUCACCACAUUUCGCCUAACGCAAAAAAUAGCUCUUGUUUUUUCAGUAAACAGAAAAAAAACCAAACAAAGGCAAGCACCAACUGACUUCAAAAUAAUGCACCUAAAUAUUAUAUGAAAUGACAAAGAUGUGAAGUUACGGUUGCAUCCUCGUAGGUUAAAGUUUGCUAUGCAGUUUUUAAAAACGCUUGUUAUUGCUUAAGGAGGUAGGUUACCUUGUUACAAGGGUAAAUUCAAAUUAGUUGAACCGCAGCACAUUUUUGUAUUUCGUGUAAUAUGAAGUUUUAAUUGCUAUAAUCUCAAUUUCGUUUGUCUCUGUCCCUUCAAGUUCAAUUUUUAUCCAGGUUUGAAGAGUGUGACCCUCCAAAGGUAUUUCAUAUGAAAGAAGAAGGAAAAUACGGAUAUUUAACACUUUUCAGUGUAUUUUAGUUUCAUUGAUAUCCGUAGAAGUCUGCAUAAUUGAUAAUUCUACUAGUAUGCACGUUAUCUUUCUAAUAAAAGCUUAAAAUGUAUAUGUCGCGGGGCUCGUGUUUCCAUGGUAACGUAUUUUCUCUCAUUUUUAAACAACUAUGUAUAAAAAUAGGGGUUUUCGACGGCUUCAGUGCCAUUCUGUUAAUGACCAACAUGGAAUAUUUGGGUAAUAUUAUUAGCAAAAUACCAAGCAGUUUACAUGGUACCCUAUUUUUCUUAAAGUUUAAAGUAACCAUGGCAACAGAGAUGUUUAAAAUAGCUUAUAUCUUGCUUUUUGUCGUAGUUUCUUAUAAAAAAUAUUGAAUAAGAUUAU